GAAAACAGCUCCUUGGAGCUGAGAAGGUGCAGUUGAGACUUGAUCAGUGGGGGAUUGACAGGCAUGGGGAGGGAAAGAAAGAUUCUCCUCCUGCUGCCAAAGAUGCAACUAACUCUCUGCUGGCUGUUACUCCCUCUGGUUGCUUCCAUCCACCCAGAAUGCAAAAUACUUCAACAAGUGGUGAAAGAUGAGGCUCAGUGUUUGGAUAUGAAGAAAAACGAGUCACUGUUGCUGGGAUUUCAAGGAUGUUCAGGAGUUUGGGAUGGACUAAGCUGCUGGCCCAGAGCUGCAUUUGGAGAGGUGGUGACAGUCCCAUGCCCUGGGUUUUUUGAAGAAAUCACCAACAUACAUGGGUUCCUCCACAGAAAUUGUACACCAGGCACUUACUGGUCCGAACCAUUUCCAUCAUAUUCAGAUGCCUGCGGGUUCGAAGAAAGCUUAACAGAGGGACCUGAGGAUCAGAAAUCAUACUAUUUGGCAUUCUGGCACAUCUACACUGCAGGCUAUGCAACCUCUCUAGCAUCACUCAUAACAGCACUCCUCAUCUUUACCGUCUUCCGAAAAUUUCACUGUACCCGGAAUUAUAUCCACAUGCAUUUGUUUCUUUCCUUCAUCCUGAGGGCGGCGGCUGUCUUCACAAAAGAUGCCAUUUUGUUUUCAGAUGACAGCAUGGACCACUGCCUGAUGUCCACAGUGACGUGCAAAGCAGCGGUGACGUUUUUCCAGUUUAGUAUUUUGGCCAACUUCUUCUGGCUCCUGGUUGAGGGCAUGUAUCUGCAGACUUUGCUGGUGCUGACCUUUGUCCCUGACAAACAGUAUGCCUGGAGGUUCAUCCUCAUUGGAUGGGGAGCACCAGUGUUUACAACAUUGGCAUGGAUCACAGCCAGGAUUUACAGCCAGAAUACUGGAUGCUGGGAUGAUGAAGAGGAAAGCUCAGCAGUUCUGUGGAUCAUCAAGGGACCCAUCCUAUUAACGGUUUUAAUGAACUUUGUUAUCUUUAUAAACGUCAUCCGAAUUUUGGUUCAGAAACUGAAAUCGGCAGAGCCUGGAGGACGGCACACAAGGCAUUUUGUGAGAUUGGCCAAAUCGACGUUACUCCUCAUCCCUCUCUUUGGAGCUCACUACGUUGUUUUUGCCUUCUUCCCUGAAAGCAUUGGGAUGGUCGCUAGACUCUAUAUUGAGCUGGGAGUAGGAUCAUUCCAGGGUUUCCUGGUGGCUCUUCUGUACUGUUUCUUAAAUGGAGAGGUUCAGGCUGAGUUCAAGAAACGUCUCCGUAAGUGGCAUUACCAGCAUUACCUCAGCUUCACCCGGAAACACCGAAGCCUCUCCAGAGAUAACAGCCCUACUAACUAUGUCACCCAGUUAUCCUUGCUGGACAGAAUCAGUCCCAAAAGGAGCAUCUGUCCCAAUGACCUCUCCUCUGUCUGAAACACUUAAACCCUGUCCAAUCUCCAGAAUCACUGGGAGGUAUCCAGUCCUACCUUCCCAGCAAGGGGCAGCAGUUGCACUACUGGAAACUUUGGACCCAGCCCAAGUGUGGGAAUGCCAGGUCUUCAGGCUCUAAAAGGUGAACCUCAGGUCAGGUGGGAGAAAGUUGGUUUCUUCUUGGUACACACCGCCCCUUUUAUCUCCGGCCAAUUUCUCCCUGGCAUUGUUCCCACAGCCAUUUGGUAGCUGCGGGAACAAUGCGGCUCCCAAAAGGAGCUCCGUUUCAGAGCUCCUUCACAUGCCACACCACGGUCGCCAUAAGCAGCCCGGGGGCAGUGCAGAGAUGUCAUGCACGCACCGCGCCAUUGGGACACAGUGCAUGCAUGACAGAAUCAUGGCAGCCCUCGUGUAGAUGGGAGGCUGCCAUGAUGAUGCCACCGCCACGUACUAGGGUUGCGGGGCAUGCGGAUGCUCCUCCCCCGGGCAACUGCGCCAGUCUGGAUUGGGCCUAUAUAUAACCUCACUGCUAGCUCUACUGAGUUGAUCAAGACAUGGUUCCUCAGAUCAGAGCUAUAGCUUUGUUGACAACCCCUCAAAGUUAAGACAUGUGGAUGCCUAUUUUGUAGGGUGGGGUGCACUUUGGUAAAGCACGAUAAAGAGUACCAACAGAAUUUCCAAGAAGAAGCUGCCAUUUUUGUUAGGCACAGUAAUUAUGAAGUUGCUCUGGUUGGGAUGGUAAAUUAGAUGUUUAUGUUUGCCACCAUCAUUUUCAGCCAGGGAGAGUGGCUGUGACCCUGGAGAUGUUGGAAUUCAGCUCCUUUGACCCCCGCCAUUGCCUAUGCUAUCUUAGAAUCAUAGAAUCAUAGAGUUGGAAGAGACCACAAGGGCCAUCCAGUCCAACCCCAUUC